GGAAAGGGUUAAACAGGUAGAGGACAGCAGCAGAGUCACAGCAGAAACAGCAGCAGAAUCCAGCCAGUAAACAUGACCUCCACCGGAAUGAACAUGAUGAACAAGAUCACCUUCUACGAGGAGAGGAACUUCCAGGGCCGUUCCUACGAGUCCAGCAGCGACUGCCCCGACAUGUCCUCCUACCUGAGCAAGUGCCACUCCUGUAGGGUGGAGCGCGGCUGCUUCAUGGUCUACGACCGCACCAACUUCAUGGGCAACCAGUACUUCAUGAGGAGGGGCGAGUACGCUGACUACAUGAGCAUGAUGGGCAUGACGGACUCCAUCAGGUCCUGCCGCAUGAUCCCCAUGCACCGUGGUCAGUACAGGAUGAAGAUUUACGAGAAGGAGAACUUCGGUGGCCAGUCCUACGAGCUGAUGGACGACUGCGAUAACGUCAUGGACCGCUACCGCAUGUCCAACUGCAUGUCCUGCAACGUGAUGGACGGCCACUGGCUGAUGUACGAGCAGGCCCAGUACAGGGGCAGGAUGAUGUACAUGAGGCCUGGAGAGUACAGGAACUUCAUGAACCAGGGCAUGAACCAGGGCAUGAGAUUCAUGAGCAUGAGGCACAUCAACGACUCCUACUACUAGACACUGCGAGCCCUGAAUAAAGCUCUCUGUAACUAAGA